AUGGGGGGUUUAUAUACCUGGAGGUCGAAGAGUGGAGGGGGUUAUGAGAGUACAUUAGAAGUAUCUUACCACCUCGAGCAGCAGACAGGAGCUGUGAAGUGUGGAAGAACAAGCGUCUCCUCAGCAUCUGUCCAAACAAGACCGGGGACACCACUCCUCUCUCUCGCCAUGACAACAAAAGUGAUACUUCUCGCCCUCCUACUGACCAUCUCCCUGGUGGACUGUUCAUAUAAACGGGCGUGGUGUCAUGAAGCAGGCAAGAUAUAUCAAGUAGGAGCAUCGUGGCAGCCUCCUAACCAGUGUGUGCGCAGGACAUGUGGCGCUGACCUUAGGAUCACUGAAACAUCGUGUGAGGAUACACUCGGCGGCGACCCGUACUGUAAGAUGAUUGGCAGCGUAGGUGUGGGUAGUUUCCCUACUGAGUGUUGUCCUCCAAUUGCAUGCUACUAACCAUACCAACCCCAACACUGAGAUCCAGUCAGUCAGAACACCGAGAUAAGAAAGCCGUAGCUCUGAAGUGAACAGGGAGAUUUAGGGCAAGGUAUAGUUAAGAACUGAGAUCCACCAUAGGAGUCCAUGUAUAUAUGGGGGGGCAAUGGUGUUCACUGAUUGGUCCGUUUCUACAGUCACGGGGCAAUGGUGUUCACUGAUUGGUCCGUUUCUACAGUCACUACAGUCACGGGGCAAUGGUGUUCACUGAUUGGUCUGUUUCUAGAGUCACGGGGCAAUGGUGUUCAUUGAUUGGUCUGUUUCUAGAGUUACGAUGGUGUUCACUGAUUGGUCUGUUUCUACUGUCCCACAUCCACCAAUUACAAAAGAAAAGAAAACGUGAUUAUUUUUUGAGAACAUUUGGUGACCUCACAUAAACGUGAUCCCCUUCAUCAUGACCUUCCCUCAGUCACAGUCACACGUUGGAAGAUAAAGUUUGGACACAAAAGGAUUUUUUAAAUAUAUUUGUAACGAGGUAUUUAGCUUCAAUUAUGAAUACAAUAUUAUAAGAACAA